AUUAUAUCUCAAGCACUCAAGACAUUUCGAAUAAAAGAGAGAAAAGUGGGAGUCGUUUAGAUAUUUCUCCCACCAUUCAAGAUAGUCAAUAUAACACGUCGCUUGCCCAUUGAAUACUUGUCGCGAGUGUAACUGUAUAGGACGAGGGAGAACAUUGGCACACCGAGGGAAUCCCGGACUCGUUUCAUUUAUCGCGAAAAGUCUUUCGCAACGGUUCGUUUCCCCUCGUAAUAUCAAGAAAAUUUGUUUUUGUAGAGCGAUAUCAGUAUAGGUCAUGCGUGGAAGGUUGAGCGGACUCGGACUCUUACUAGUCCUCGUGCGACUUUCGUAUCAGAUGACGUACAAACAAGAUUCGUCGAAUUAUUACACUGCAGCAGUAGUAGAAUAUUCACCGAUUUAUAUCAGAAAUAACGGUUUAUUAACUUUAAAGAAGAAUACAGAUGUGUACAUCGAAUAUAUAAAAGAAGCGAGUGAACAGAAUGCCGACAUUAUCGUCUUUCCAGAAGAUGGAUUGACAUCGAUUCACUUGCCUGCUAGUUGGCCACAACUGGACUCUUGGACAACGGCGAUUCCGUCCGCUCUCGACGAAUAUGUUCCCUGUACGGAAAACCAUAUCAAUGUCGGCGAAACAUUGAGAAGAUUAUCUUGCGCGGCGAAGCGAAAUCGUAUUUACGUAGUGGUGAACAUUGCUGAAAAACGAUUUUGCGAAUGCAAUGAUGAAUGCCCAUCAAAUCGUAAAGUAUGCAAUUAUUACAACACCAACGUCGUGUUCGAUCGAUCAGGAAAAAUAAUUGCCAGGUAUCGCAAGACACACCUCUUUGACGAGCCAGGAUUUGAAACAACCGUAACACCAGAAAUAGUAACAUUCGAUACGGAUUUUGGGGUCCGAUUUGGUACCUUUAUAUGUUUCGAUAUAUUAUUUUCGGUACCGCCCUUAAAUUUGACAAGAAUGUUAGGAAUUUCGAAUAUCGUAUAUAACACCGCCUGGUUUUCGGAAGUGCCAUUUUUAACUGCCGUUCAAACGCAAUAUGGAUGGUCCUAUGCCGAGGACGUGAAUCUGUUAGUAGCUGGAUAUCAUGAACCACUUAGUGGAAGUAUUGGAAGCGGUAUUUAUUUAGGUCGUAACGGAAUAGCCAAUGCAACCAUGUCUCGCGAUCCCAAACAUCGAAUUUUGAUCUCUCAAGUUCCAAAGAUCAGAACCAAGGAAACUAAAGUUGAACAAUUAUCAACGAAAGAAGGAGAAAGAAAUCAGGAAACGGAGAAUGACGCUGGACACCAUGAUGUCUAUGGCUAUUAUAGCAAAUCACUGAAAGGAAACAUACCCGACGGGAUAAAGUUACUACUCGACAAUCUUAUAUCGUUCACAUCUGUCCCACUCAACGGUUCAAUGUCCGAAAGCAUUUGUCAUGGUGACUUUUGUUGUGAUUUUGAGAUUGCCACUGACAUCAGUAAUUUGUCUUCGACUCAUUAUCGCGCAGUAGUUUACAACGGCUUACGUCGAUAUGGUCAAGUGGUACUAGCUUAUGUUAAUGUGUGUGGCGUAAUUCAAUGUUCCAACGACACGAUACAGUCUUGCGGUUCUGUUAGCCAAUCCAACACCACUUUUUCCACUUUAAGUGUCACGGCAACAUUUAAUGAUUAUCCCAAGCUUCUAGUAAUGCCCAGUAUAUUAAACUCCUCGCUCCUUCCUUUCCAGCAUUGGACGUAUGUCGAACAUACGUGUGAAAAUCAAACGAAUCUAACUAUCGUUUUGAAUGAAGUGACAAAAGAUCUUGUUACCUUUGGCAUAUAUGCUAGAAAUUUUUACCGAGACAAACAGAAUUGAUUAUCGUUUAUCUUUAAUGUUUACGCUUAUUACUUUCCUUUUUUUAAUAUUCUUGAUAUCAUUUGAUACAUCUACU